UCAACGAUACUGCUGCAACGACAAGCACCGCCACAACAACCAUAGCAACUCGCACUACAGGACGCCUCAAGAAGCCCAAACAAGUGUACGAUCCAUCCUACAACUAUGUUCGAUACCGCAACACAACGCCAGCAAACGCCACAGCACAGACGGCGCCAAUGCCGGCACCGGCCGCGACCGCGACCGCCACAGCAGCGGUCCCAGUGCGUGUUACAUCGCCUGUGGCGGUGGCUGCAACCAAGCCAGAUUCAGUUGCCAAUGCUGAUGCCCAAGAUGCUGAGUCAGGCGCCCAGCCGCAGCGUCAGUAUGAUAUAUGUCAGAAAUGCAAACAGAUGGAAGUAAAGCGUGGCUCUGGACACAAAAGUAAUUUUCUUGGUUGCAAGAGCUGCCUGCACAAAUGGCAUUUCUCGUGCAUGUCCAUCAGUUUUGAUGUCCUCUCGGUUGCUCGCAAGAAGUACAAAUGCCCCUCGUGCCGCAAUUGCAGCAUUUGUGGCGCCAAGGGAACAGACUUGGCCAUUUGCUCAACUUGCGUUUAUUCGUUUCAUCGCGAUUGCCAUGAUCCGCCAUUGAGCGGCUCCGAUCUCAGUGAGCGCCAGUGGCAAUGUCACAGCUGUGAGCACGAACCGAACCACAACAAUAACAACAACAACACUUCGGGUGGUGAGCAUACUGGACGCAAAUCGUAUCCGGGACGCAUGAAGCGUGCCCAGUCUGAUCCCGCUGGUCAGGAGAAGCAGGCAAAACUCGUGAAGGAGUCAAAAGAAGAAACAAAACGCGCCACCAAAAAGAAAGAGAAAGCGGCAAAGCAAGAGGGAGAGGGAGAGCAUAAGCAAAAUAAAGAGGAAAAGAAAAAGGAAGAGCUAGAGCCACAGUCAAAACUCAAAGAAGAGGCCGAUAAACGCUUGUCCACUGAUGAAUCAGACAUGCCCAUGGAGGCAGCUGCUGCUGUUGAGGAGCCUAAAGUAGAGACCAAGGAGGAGCCAGAGGUAAUGCCAGCUGAAACCAUGCCCGAGCCAAUGGAGCAAGAAACUGCAACAGAAACUGAGCAUAAAGGACACCGUCGUCUUCGACGACGACGACGAGGACGAAGAGGUGUCGACCACCUUGUUUACGGCGAGCCGUACCUGUACCUAGGCGUCGGUAACCUUCGCCGUCGCCACGGUUUACCGUCGCUACUAAUACUCGGUGGUGGCGGUGGCGAUGACCAUGCUAAUGGACGACUGCUGCAUGGCCACUGA